AUGGACCAACGACAACAAUAUAUUCCACCUCCUCCUCCGCUAUCCCAGAACAAUACAUCUCAUAUCAUCCCGUUGCCCCCGCCUCCUCCGAGGCCAUCAACACAACAUGCCUUAGUCCCUCCGCCGCCGCCAUUACCGACUCCCUCUGCAUAUUCGGUUUCAGGUCAAUGGCAGCCGACCUGGCGAGCGCAGAACUUUCCUCCUCCACCUCCACCACCACCUCCACCGCAACCUAUUGUUCAUCCGUCCCUCAUACCCGCAAACCAAGCAUACGGCCGGCAGCAGCCUACUCCAUUGUCGAUUCCCAUCUCGGGUAUUCCUCCACCGCCUUCCGAAGUAAAUCCAUUGAUGUCUGCUACGUAUAUGCCUACUGGCGAAUCUUUUGGACCAGGAGUCGGCAUCCCCCCUCUGUACGACAAUUAUGGCUCAGCAACUAUAGACAGGACGCGACCUACAGGGCAACUGUGGGAAAGCACUUCUUCGGAUAAGUUCUCAAGAAGAGAUGGAAACGUCCCAGCAACUCCCUCAGGUCGAAACUUACCUCAGUCACUUAUGCUUGGCGGUGACAAUCAGGAAGCAAUGUCGCCCGGUCCUUCAACAGCCACAUUGAAUACAUACGGCAAUGAGCCAGUGCGGGCAUCCAGCCAUAUACAUAAUGCCAGCAGUAACUUUGUUGGUGGUAUGUCCGCCGGUGAAGCUGCAGCAAUGUGGUCACUCGAGCGAGUCAUCAGUUGGCUUGCAAGGAACGGUUUUUCCAAGGAAUGGCAGGAGACUUUCAAGACUUUAGAGCUUCAAGGCGCAAAUUUCCUUGAACUUGGUAAUGGGGCAAACAGCCGCGAAUUCCUAGCCAAGAUGCACCAAGUUGUUUAUCCUCAACUAUCAAAAGAAUGCCAGAAGACCGGUAGUAAACAUGAUCUAACCCAGGAGCGCAAGGAAGCAAAACGUAUGCGACAACUCAUUCGUCAGAUGCAAGAUGAUGGUAGUGAUCCAUCACUGUUGAAUCAUAAGCGGCGGGAGUCACAGUCGCUGAUUGCUAGUGCCUCAACUGAAGGAGGAGUGGAAAAUUCUCCAAAUUUAGGCUGGGAGUCUACCUUUCCCCCGUUAGGGUCGAACUCUAUAGAUACCGGUUAUCAACACCCUGCUCAUAGGCCGUUCCCAUCUACUGCUCCCAAACAAAAUAGCCAGGGACGAUCUGUCACCGCCCCGGCUGCCCAUAAACCGGAUGGCGUUGAUACGCGCACAGAUUUCUCUCGUAUUGCACUUGCGAGCACGGAAGAGUUCCGACGGCAUAGUCCUUCUUCAGGUAGCGAUGGUGGGCCGAUUAAAGCUCAUGAAGAUAGCCCCCAAAGCGGCAGCCCAGCUACACAAUUUGUCACACCUAUUCACACCGGUCCAAUAUCAUCAUCUGCGAGUGAUUUGACCGGUAGGUAUGAACACCAUCGAGGGGAUAGCACAGACUCUCUCGGCCGUGGGUCCUCCACCGUGCCUCGCUUUUAUGAGGGCCGGAAGCCAGUCACUGAUAAUACUCGACCUACAACUCAAGACUCGAAGGAGUCAGGGAAGAGCCUUUUGAACUUUUUCAAGAAGAAGACUAAGUCUCAUGAUUCCUCGCAUCCGUCCCCAGAUGAUCAAUUACUGGAUUCCCCAACGAGUCCAUCCUAUACCCGUCCGAGUAGCUUUAAUAGUCCUUUCAUCAAACCAUCGAAUAACCACAGCGAUGUAUCAUUGGAAGACCGUCCUCUUUCGUCGACUUUCUCUGAUUACGAGAAGUGGGCAAAUAGAUCUACCAAACAAAAGAAAUAUGUGUUUGCGACUUUGGAUGGAUGGAACUAUCGCCUCGUAGAUAUUACUGAUGCCGAAACAGCUGAUAAUAUACGCUCUGCCAUUUGUCAAAAUUUAGGUAUUGGGGAUUGGUAUAGCGCUCAAUUAUCUUUUACCGAGCCAGGGCAAACUGCUCACGACGAUGUUUUGGACGACCCAUCGCUUGUUCUCAGUCGGCGAGUGCGGUCAGACAAUCUGGGCACAUUGAAAUUCUACGUUCGUCGUAACAUAUCUCCUGGUUCCGCUGGCUUGGGGGUGUCGUUUGAUAAGAACACAUCCUCGCCCUUAUUUGCGCAUCACGACCAUGUACGCAGAAAACCAAUUGAGGAUGACAUGUCGAAGAAGAGUAUGUUAAAAGGUCAAGUGCAACCCAACUCUCCUCUUGGGUCACGCCAGUCUACUUUGAAGGCGAGUUCGGGUCAACCUUCGCCAUCUUUACAUGGCCCGUCCCCAAGCGAUGCAAGCCAGGAUGCAGACUUCAUGGUGAGACAAGAGUACAACCGUGAAGUGGAACGCAAGCAGAAUACGUCUUCCAGGUCAAAACCGCCCACGCCUUUGCAGCUGCACAAGGAUAAUUACGGAGAGACUGGGUACCGGAACGUGGGUAUUAUUGAUUUUGACAAACGGCGAACGUCCCCUUAUGAGGAUAAAAAAAUCGAGACUCUUGUACCUCAACGCAAACCUCCGCCUGCACCUUCUGAGUCUAACACGCUCACCAAGGCCAAUUCUUUCAGAGUUGACCGCAGUCGAGUCCCGUCAAAGAGGCAAGCUGAGUCGUUUAAUAAAUAUAAAUUGAUUCAAGAAGGAGAUUUUACUGCUGUCGGUGUACCUAACCAGAGAAGCUUCUCUGCAAGGAUGUCUACUUCUACAAGCUCACCUUCUACCACAUCACAGACACCUUUAACAGAGAGCGGAACUGGUCUGGUCUCCAGGCUACCGCCCCCAUCUUUGCAAAGCCGGAAAUCUUUUGGACCGGAGUAUGAUUUCGAGGAAACAAAGGUCAAUUUUGAUACACCUCACACCCCGGCGAGUUCAGAUAGUGAUGACUCUGAUGAUGGUCUCUUUGCUGUUGAGUUAUCAACAACUAAACCAAAACCUAAUCAGAAGGGAACCGCACCACCAGAAGCAUCCCCCGCACAUAAACCUCCCCUCAAAGUGAAUACAUCUACAAGGACUGGCAAAGGUCGUUCUGUGACCUUCAUAUCUCCUAUCGGAAAUGAUGAGAGAUCCGCGAAUCAGUCAUUUCCUAAUUCAGCAGACGUUUCUAAAGAUGUGCGCUCAGGCUAUGAUGGAAAUGGAACGAACGUGGCGCGUUCUCCUGAAGACGAACGAUAUCAUCGCAGGGCAUCAUUUCCAACAAGAGAUGAUAUAUGGGCUAGUCGUCCCCCCGUCGAAGGGGUCAUCGACAAUCUUGAUGAUUUUUUCCCUAACAUCGACCUCGAUGAGCCAUAUCUGGAACCCACAGGUGUUUCUUCUCCAGUUUCUCCACUAAGCUCUUCGAUGAAAGACCAGCCUGCGCCUUUAUACCAACCAUCUUCGAGCACAAUUCCUACUGCAUCUGAUAUUCUGGGACCAGACGAGUCAACAUUGAAAAACUCAGUUGCCACGCGCAACAUCAAAAAAGCUGGAGGUUUGACUCGUAUGAAAUCUAUACGUGAGGUUGUCAAAGAUGCGCAGCAAAUCAACCGAAAGCAGAGUAUUGUAAACCCAAGUAGCAAGAAAUCGGGCGAGAUACUUCGACGGAAGAGUACGAAGAUGUUUGGUGCCAAAAUCAUGCAAAUCAGUCCGAAACCUGGCAGCCGCUUGAGCCAACUUGAGCCAAUUCCUCAGGAUAGCCUUCUAACAGAGACUGUUCCACAGCGACAACAGACAUUCCGUAUCAUCCGCGGUCAGCUUAUUGGAAAGGGAACCUACGGAAGGGUGUAUCUUGGUAUGAACGCUGAUACCGGUGAAGUUCUUGCUGUGAAACAGGUAGAAGUCAACCCAAGGAUAGCUGGUCAAGACAAGGAUAAAAUCAAGGAAAUGGUAGCCGCCAUGGAUCAAGAGAUCGAUACUAUGCAGCAUCUUGAACAUUCUAACAUUGUUCAAUAUCUUGGCUGCGAGCGUGGCGAGCUGUCUAUUUCAAUCUAUCUUGAAUACAUUUCUGGCGGAUCGAUUGGCAGUUGUUUACGCAAACAUGGUAAAUUCGAGGAAUCGGUAGUCAAGUCUCUUACCCGCCAAACAUUGAGUGGGCUGUCUUAUCUCCACGACCAAGGCAUUCUUCAUCGAGAUCUGAAGGCAGAUAAUAUUCUUCUAGACCUGGAUGGCACAUGCAAAAUCUCUGAUUUUGGUAUAUCUAAGAAAACCGACAAUAUUUAUGGAAAUGAUGCAUCAAACUCGAUGCAAGGCUCCGUAUUUUGGAUGGCGCCUGAAGUUGUACAGUCUCAAGGUCAGGGAUACAGUGCCAAGGUAGAUAUUUGGUCUCUCGGAUGCGUGGUUUUGGAAAUGUUCGCAGGACGCCGUCCUUGGAGUAGGGAGGAAGCUAUCGGUGCCAUUUUUAAGCUGGGUAGUUUGAGUCAAGCACCACCAAUUCCAGACGAUGUGGCUACAACUAUCAGCGUAACAGCGCUGUCAUUUAUGUACGAUUGCUUCACGAUCGACACGUUCGAUCGUCCAACUGCCGAGACAUUACUUUCCAGACACCCAUUUUGUGAGCCCGAUCUACAGUACAAUUUUGUUGAAACGGAAUUAUAUGCAAAGAUUCGGGACGUGCUUUGA